GUUGUCUGUUCUGCACUGCUGCUGCCACCGCCGCCGCCUUUUGCGGCAUGACGUCCCCGUCGUCCCUCCUGCUGCUGCCACAGCAGCUGUCAUCAAACCCAAAAAGAUAAUUUCGUCAGACGACGACAGAGAGAAAGCGCACGCCUCUCUGAGGGCAUCCCCACGACGCGCCCCUCUCUUUGGUUUGCUCGGUCGGCCGUUCCUUCAUUCUCCUUCCUUCCCUCUUUCCCUCUUUCCCUCCUUGCGCUGCGAAACCGGGGCACCCUCGAAACACUGUACCGUCGACAACUCGCGAUAUUCAGCAGAGCACCAUCGUAUAUCAACGCCCCUCCCCUCGCGCGCAAGCCCGGCGUUGAUUCACCCGGCGCCCCAACACACCGACCUGCUUCGACCUUCAUACUCUGCUGCCGCCGCCGCCGUCGCGCUUCCUGCUUCUAUGUAAAGGCUUGUCGCUCUCGAUCAUGUUACUACAACCCCGGCGCUCCCCACCACACACCGCCCACGUCUGGAGUAGAAGUGGUCACCGACGACCUGCUCCGUGAGCGACUGACAUUUUGCAACGACGAUUGCUGCCAUUUUUACACGCUCUCUUCCGCUAACCCAACCCAACCGGCGACAUAGCGCUUGCUCGCUGUCGCAUCCUCCACUCUCACCACGAUGCCUGGCCUUCCAGCAUCCGUCGACCUCGACGAAUGUAUCUCGCGCCUAUAUAAGAGGGAGCUCCUCGCCGAAUCCGUCAUCGAGGCCGUUUGCGCCAAGACUAAGGAGCUGCUCAUGCGCGAGAGCAAUGUCGUCCACGUCCGCGCCCCCGUCACCGUCGUCGGCGACAUCCACGGCCAGUUCUACGACCUCAUCGAGAUCUUUAAGAUUGGUGGCUGGUGCCCAGACACCAACUACUUGUUCCUCGGAGACUAUGUCGACCGCGGCAUGUUCAGCGUCGAAACGAUUUCCCUACUAGUGUGCUUGAAACUUCGAUACCCCAAUCGCGUGCAUCUGAUCCGAGGCAAUCACGAGUCUCGCGGCGUCACCCAGUCCUACGGCUUCUACACCGAAUGCUCGAGAAAAUACGGAAACGCCAACGUUUGGCACUACUUCACCGACAUGUUUGACUUCCUGACCCUCAGCGUCGUCAUUGAUGACAAGAUCUUCUGCGUCCAUGGCGGCCUCUCCCCCUCUAUCCACUCCAUAGACCAGAUUGUCAUCAUCGACCGCUUCCGAGAGAUCCCUCAUGAAGGCCCCAUGGCUGACUUGGUCUGGUCUGAUCCAGACCCUGAAAGAGACGAGUUCUCGUUGAGCCCUCGUGGGGCAGGAUACACAUUUGGAGCCCAAGUGGUUAAGAAGUUUCUGGCUGUGAAUAACAUGGACCACAUUCUCCGGGCGCACCAGCUGUGUCAGGAGGGCUUUCAGGUGCUAUACGACGACCGCCUUAGCACAGUAUGGAGUGCCCCCAACUACUGCUAUCGGUGCGGCAACAUGGCUAGUGUCUUGGAGGUUAGCGACACAGGCGAGAGGUUCUUCAACGUCUUUGCUGCAGCCCCAGAAAAUGACCAGCACAAAGACAUGCAGCUGGGAGGCGGAGAGAAACAGGCGGACGGUAACUCGCUUCCUGAUUACUUCCUGUAAUCUGGUUUCAAGUGGCCCAAGAGGUCAAAGAGGUCUCUGGUUGUCGACUGAGAUUUGGAAGGUACACAUUGAUGGAAGGACCUUUGCGUGCACCUCUCGGAGAAAAUAUCUCACUAGCUAGGGUGAUUAGAGAUCAUGCCUAGUUGUUUCAAGUACCCUCGCCUAUGGUUGGGGUUGAAGAUACAACGAGAUAGAAGAGACUGAUACAGUGACUGCUGCUUGUCUCAAUCAGAAAAAGAAGGCAAACAAAUCAAGAACAUAGACAG